AUGAUUGUUUAUAUGAUUUGGCCCAUGGACAAUGGAAGUGUAAACAGGAGUGAGGAGAGUGCAGGAAACAGGAUGGUGAAUAUACAACGCACAGAAAAGAGGCACUGCGUGAUGGUAAAGCAUGGAUGGGCUCCUGAUGACUAUAAGACGCACGUUGACGAAGGCAUUCUGAAUAUAAACUUUGAAACAGACAUUUUUCAGAAGCAGGCGUUCUAUUUCCUGAGCAGAAAUAUGUCAGUGUUUGUGUCUGCACACACAAGCUCUGGAAAGACGCUUGUUGCUGAGUAUGCGAUUUCCCUAUCGCAAUUACAUGGCACAAGAACGAUCUACACGUCUCCUAUCAAAGCAUUAAGCAACCAGAAGUACCAUGACUUCAAGAUGAAGUAUAAGGAUGUUGGGAUUGUAACUGGAGAUGUGCAGGUGAAUUCGUCUGCAAAAUGCCUUGUGAUGACUACUGAGAUUCUGAGGAACAUGGUAUAUAGAAACGGAGACUUGCUGAGGGACACAGAGUUUGUGGUUUUUGAUGAGGUGCAUUACAUAAAUGACAGCGAUCGUGGAGUAGUGUGGGAGGAGUGUAUAAUUAUGCUGCCAAAGCAUAUAAACCUGAUUAUGCUGAGUGCGACGAUUCCAAACGGGCUUGAGUUCAGCGAAUGGGUUGGCCGAACGCAGAGCAAGACGAUAUAUGUGAUAUCCACGAGUAAAAGAGCGGUUCCUCUGGAGCAUGUGCUGUAUAGUGAUUGGAACGUGUAUGCAAUUGAGGACGAGGCAGAUAAAAAAAGAGCAUCGAAUUUCAAGGAUGGACCGACGCCUUUAAGCAAAAAGGGAAAGGUGCUGGGCAAGUUCAAAAUAUGUGAUGUGGUGAAUUUUAUCAUGCGGAGGCGAUUAGCACCAGCAAUACUUUUUUGCUUUUCUAAAAAGAAGUGUGAGGAGUAUGCAGAGAUUCUUGGGCCAUUGAGCCAGAAUGAUGAGCAAAGCAGGGAGCAUGUGCGAGCAUUUCUGAACGAGGCAAUCAAGUGUCUUUCUGCAGAGGACAGAUGCCUGCCUCAAGUAGUAAGCAUGACCUCGAUGGUGCUAAACGGAAUAGCGGUUCAUCACGGGUCUUUGCUUCCUUUUGUGAAAGAAUGUGUUGAGCUGCUGUUUUCGAUGAACUUAGUGAAGAUACUGCUGGCCACCGAGACGUUUGCAAUGGGUGUGAACAUGCCUGCUAAAUGCUGUGUGUUUCUGUCUUUGAGUAAGAUUGAUAACGGAACGUUUAGAUAUCUUUCGUCUGGAGAGUAUAUUCAAAUGAGUGGACGGGCUGGAAGGCGAGGGAUGGACACGGUGGGCACUGUAAUGAUUGCGGAUCCAAAGCUGCCAACGAUUGAUGUGAUAAGAAGGAUUAUUAAAGGAACUCCGUUCAGUCUGUCAAGCCAGUUUAAGCUAAGCUUUGGAUUGAUACUGCUAUCAUUGAGAUCUAAUGUUAAGGUUGAGGAGCUGAUGAGAAGAAGCUAUGGAGAGCACAGAAGCCAGAAGAACUAUGAUAAGGACAUGGAUAGGCUGCGUGAAUUAGAAGCAGAAGACGAGGCAUGCGUGAAGUGUGGCGACAUGAUGGAAUAUCUCUGUGCUGUUGAAGAAAUAUGUAGUAAGAACUGGAAGUUGAUUUGCAAGUCUCCCAUUUUGUGUAAGGGAACCAAGCUGUUGCUGAAGGACAACUCUAUAUGCGUGAUAAAUAGUGUCUGUGGAUCCACUGUUGUUGUUGAUAGAUGUGAAGAUGCGGACGAAUGUGGAGAAAGUAUAGAGCAUGGGCGGUGUGACAGGAUUGCUGAUGAUGAAUUGAAUGAUUCUGGCUCUAUGGGGAUGCUGUCCUAUCCUCUGAGCAUUAGAAGGCCGCUGGUCAAAAGCAAGGUGAGCGUGUCUGAAAUAUUUUGUGUUGUAAAGAAUGGAAAACCAUUUUGGAGCUAUGGAUUAACAGACGUGAUGGAUGUAUUAGAAGCAAAAAGACUUAGUGGGGUGUGUGCUUACUUGGAAGGCAAGCACAAUGCAUGUGAAAAGAUGGUGCAGCACUACAUAGAAGCAAUUACGAAGAUGAGCAACAGACGCGAGGCGGAGGCGAUAAGAACCAGGUACAAAAUUUCUAGUCUCCAUAUGAUUGACGAGUAUAGUAAGCGUAUGGAGUUUUUAACGAAAAGAGGAUUUGUGGAUGGUGCAAUAACAUUGAAGGGAAAGGCUGCUGCCGAAAUCCGCACAGUUAACGAGGUGCUUGUGGUUGAGAUGAUAUUCUCAAAUGAGUUUGAACUCAUGGAUGGAAGGAAGAUCAUAUCAUUGAUGUCGUCGAUGGUUUAUGAAGAAGCACUAGAAAACGUAGGCGAAGAGAUCUUGUAUAAUGAAACAAAGAUGAUAGCGAAGUAUUUUGCCGAGAUGUCUGGUGAGAUAUGCGAUCUUGGAAUUCCUCCGUUCACAGCCCUGAACUUUUCAUUGGUGGAUGCAGUGCAUGAGUGGUGCUGCGGAUCAUCACUUUCGAAAAUAGUGUCGAAGUAUGGAGUGCCUGAAGGCUCGUUUGUAAGGCUUAUCUUGAGGCUUGAGGAAUGCUGUAGAGAGUUGAUGGGAGUGGCUGUGAUGAUAGGCGAUAAGGAUCUUGAAAAAAAGAUUGAGGAUGCAUCGAAGUCUAUGAAGCGGGAUGUGAUAUUUUUGCCAAGCCUGUACUUAUGA